AUCAAAGCUUUUUUUCGUUCGUUUCCGUAUCCUUUUUUUGUCUUGCUGCUUCUUUUUAUUUUCCCUUUUUCUCUUUCUUUUCCCUUUUCCUCUCUUCCUCCACUCUCCACUCCCAUUUCUUCUUUAUCCUCUUUAACUCCCCUAUCUUCAACAUGUCUCUUGCCACAUUUUCUACUAGACUUUUCCCUACCAUGCGCUCGCAGGCCAUGGCGCGCUUCGCCACCCCUUCUUCUUCUUUUGCCCGUUUCUAUGGCACCAAGAAGUAUACUGAGGAGCAUGAAUGGAUUGAUAUUGAUAACGGCAUUGCUACGAUCGGUAUUACGGAUCAUGCCCAAGGCUCUCUUGGAGAGAUUGUCUAUGUCCAGUCUGCUGAUCUCAAGGAUGUCGAAAAAGGCGACACGAUUGGCUCUGUCGAAUCUGUCAAGGCUGCCUCGGAUAUCUACGCCCCCGUUUCUGGAAAGGUCAUUGAAGUCAACGAGGAUGUCGCGGCGAAUCCUUCGCUGUUGAACGACAAUCCUGAAGGAGAAGGCUGGCUCUGCAAGAUCCAGCUUUCAUCCGAUGCUGAUGUCUCGAAUCUUCUCUCUGAGGAGGCUUACAAGAAGCUUGUUGAGGCCCAGCACUAAAUAGAAUGAUCUGUCGGGCCCUUUUUUUUUUUUUUAUUUCUCUCAUUCAAAAAU